CUCGUUACGCUCUUUCUUUGCUGCAGCGGCCUCUCGGUGCUGCUACGAGUCAAGUACAAGUUGCGAAGGCAUCAAAAAGCCAAAAGCACCAUCCCCAAGAUGUUCCAGGAUGUUGUCCGCAGGCACCCCGACAAAGUGGCCCUGAUUUACGAAGCCACUGGUGAGCAGUGGACCUUCAGGAGGCUGGAUGAGUACUCCAACGCCGUGGCUAACUACUUCUACCAGCAAGGCUUCCGGCUGGGGGACGUCAUUGCCAUCUUCAUGGAGAGCCGCCCCGAGUUCGUUGGCCUCUGGCUAGGGAUGGCAAAAAUCGGCAUCGAAGCGGCGCUGAUCAACUUCAACUUGCGCUUGGAUUCUCUGGUUUACUGCGUCACGACGUCGGGUGCGAAAGCCGUGAUCUUCGGAGGGGAGCUGUCUUCAGCAAUAUCGGAAGUGAACGGGAUGUUGGGGAAGAACAUGGCAAAGUUCUGCUCCGGCGACUAUAACCCGAAUGUCGUUCCUGUGGAGACCAGACAUCUUGAUCCUCUUCUGAGUGCCGCAUCGAGAUCGCUCCCGACUCAGAUUCCAGUCAAAGGUUUAGAUGAUCGGCUCUUCUAUAUCUACCGUGCGCUCUGUUCUCGCAGGUACUACCGCAUCGCUGCCUUCGGUUACUACGCCUACAAAAUGUGCCCGGAGGACGUCCUCUACAACUGCCUCCCGCUCUAUCAUUCUGCAGGUAACAUCAUGGGAGUUGGCCAGUGUCUAAUCCACGGCCUCACCGUGGUGAUCAGGAAGAAGUUCUCGGCCAGUCGCUUCUGGGACGACUGCGCGAAAUACAGAUGCACGAUUAUUCAGUAUAUCGGGGAAAUCUGCAGGUAUCUUCUGAACCAGCCGGUCCGAGAGUCAGAAACCCAACACUGCGUGCGGCUGGCGGUGGGCAAUGGUUUGAGACCCACCAUAUGGGAGGACUUCACAAAGCGCUUCCGAAUUAAGCAGGUCGGCGAGUUCUACGGAGCCACGGAGUGCAACUGCAGCGUUGCCAACUUGGACGGAAAGGUCGGUGCCUGUGGCUUCAACAGUCGGAUUUUGCCCAAUGUUUAUCCCAUUCGUUUGGUGAAGGUGAACGAGGACACGAUGGAGCUGAUCCGGGAUUCCGGUGGGCUGUGUAUCCCCUGUCGCCCAGGAGAGCCGGGGUUGCUCGUCGGUCAGAUAAAUCAACAGGAUCCCCUGCGUCGGUUCGACGGCUACGUCAGCGAGAGCGCCACCAACAAGAAGAUCGCUUGCAACGUGCUUCGGAAAGGGGACCAGGCGUACCUUUCAGGAGAUGUGUUGGUGAUGGACGAGCUCGGUUACAUGUACUUCAAAGAUCGCAGCGGGGACACCUUCCGAUGGCGAGGAGAGAACGUCUCUACCACGGAGGUGGAAGGGACGCUGAGCCACAUCCUCAACCAGACGGACGUUGCAGUGUACGGAGUGGAAGUGCCAGGGGUGGAGGGCAAAGCCGGGAUGGCGGCCGUCGCGGAUCCCAAAGCUAAAGUCAACCCCAACGUCCUGUACCAGGAGCUGCAGAAGGUGUUGCCUUCCUACGCCCGGCCCGUCUUUCUCCGGCUCCUACCCCAGGUUGACACCACAGGUACGUUUAAGAUUCAGAAAACCCGCUUACAGAGGGAAGGAUUCGACCCCCACCAAACCUCAGAUCGGUUGUAUUUUCUGGAUCUCAAGUUGGGAAAAUACGUUCCCCUGGAUGAAUGCCUUUAUGAAAGGAUUUGUGCUGGAAAAGCCGCUUUAUGAUCCGGUCGGAUUCAGCCUUUUCGAGGAAAACGAUGACUAAUCGGCGGGCCGAGGCUCGCGGGCCGCCAUGGGUUCCUGCGAGGUCCUUACCGCAGUGAAUCACCAGCAGGGACGCGCCUCCCGCCGCGUCUCCCUCCCCUAAAGCACAUUAACCCCUCACCCGACUCCCUCCCUGGGCGCUGACGUCCCGUUAACCCCCCCCUGCCUCUAGAGAGAGUAUUUUUGUAACCGCUACCCGCUUAGGGAGGAGCGCGAUGGCCCUAUUUAUUCACGGAGACGCCCGUGCCCUGCGGGGGCUCCUCUCUGCUCCGUCUCCCAACUUUACUCACUGACUUAGACGAUUUUUAACCUCACUUGCGUUAGGUCGCGUUUUAACUACCCGCAGCCUUAGGGCUGGGGCUAUGAGGACGUUAAAAAGAAGAUUGUUUUGAUGGGUGCUGUGGCGGAGGGGGAGCGGCCUUUGGGAAACCCACCCCGGGGUGGGGACAGCCCGCGCCCCUCCGCCUGGGGGGCCGGCGCCUGAGGCCCGGGGGCGAGUUUGUGCUUGGAUCGUGGAAAAAGCGAGUAACGGUGUAAAGCUGUGUGAGCUCAGCCC